AUGUCCAGCAAGAAGAUCAUCACCAUCUUCGGAGCCACUGGGAACCAGGGUGGCAGCGUUGUCCGGAUCUUUCUGAACGACCCCAAGCUCAAGAACGACUGGGCCGUCCGCGGCGUCUCGAGGAAUGCGGAGAGCGAUUCCGCCAAAAAGCUGACGGCCCUGGGCGUCGAGAUGGUCUCUGCCGACCUCAACGACAAGGCCUCCCUGGUCAGGGCGAUGAAGGGCGCGUACGCUAUCUUCGCGGUGACCAAUUAUUGGGAGAAGAUGGACAUGCAGCUCGAUAUCGACCAGGGCAAGAACCUAGCCGAUGCUGCCAAGGAGAACGGCGUACAGCACUACGUCUGGAGCUCGCUGCUGAACAUCAAUAAACUGACCAAUGGCAAGCUGCCUCACGUUUACCACUUUGACAGCAAGGCCAUGGUCGAGGACUAUGUCCGAGAGAUCGGCCUCCCGGCGACCUUCGUCAUGCCCGGCUUCUUCAUGUCCAAUCUCCCCGGCGGGAUGUUCCGCGCUACCCCGCCUGACAACGAGUGGACGCUCGCGCUGCCCAUGCCCGAGACAGCGCCAAUCCCGCUGUUCGACCCAGAAGACAUGGGCGCGUGGGUCAAGGCUAUUUUGCUGAGGCGCGAUGGCCCAGGAAUGCUCGGGCGGCGGGUGUAUGCGGCUACAGCUUACCUCACUCCCGCAGAAAUUGUGGCUCAAUUCCGAGAGGUGUUCACUGAGGCGGGGCGGGGUGCGAGGUUCGUGUCGACGCCACAUGGCGAUUUCCUGGAGGGCUUGAAGGGGAGGGGGAUGCCUGAGUUUGCGGCCGAGGAGACGCUGGAGAACAUGCGGCUCAUAGACGAGGGCGGAUACUAUGGCGGGGCGUCGCUUGAGGAGAGCCAUGCCAUCCUGGAGGAUAAGUUGACGACCUGGAAGGAGCACAUGAAGAAGGCGAAGGCUUUUGCUGAUCUCAAGUAA